AUGGAGAAUAGUUAUGUGAUUAAUUCUAAAGGUAAAGCAGGGGGGUUAGCUUUGUUCUGGAAUGCGGAGAUUACUUUGGGGAAUGUAUAUGGUACGGAUUGGUAUAUUGCAGCAGAGGUUGUGGAUGAGAACAAUAACGACCACUGGUGGAUGGUAGGAAUCUAUGCAAGUACAGAGGAAAGUAUAAGAAAGCAACAAUGGAAGGAAAUAGAGGAAAAAAAGAGGGAAUGGGGAGAUAAGUGGAUCCUAGUGGGUGACUUUAAUGAUAUUUGUUCCAAUGGGGAGAAAUGGGGAGGGAGAGAGAGAGCGGAGGGGAGCUUUAGGGAGUUUAAUAGAUUCAUCUCUGAGAAUGAGUUAGUGGAUAUAGGAUACGAGGGAGCACCGUGGACCUGGAGCAACACUUGGGAAGGGCAAGGGGCAAUAAAAGAAAGGUUAGAUAGAUGUUUAGGGAGUGUGGGCUGGGUGCAACAAUAUGAGAAAGCAAUCUGUGAGCAUGUGGAAAAGGAGGCAUCUGACCACAGUCUUCUUCUCUUAGACUUUAGCCCGGCGCAAAAGAGAGUGAAACGAAGAUUCUUUUUUGACCAACGUUGGGCAAAAGACAACUCUUCUGAGGUAGUCGUCAAGAAUGCGUGGGGCAAAGAUCAACAUGGUUCUCGAAUGUUCAAGGUGGUAAGAAGAAUAAAAGAGUGCAGGUUAGCUCUAAUCGAUUGGCAUAGAACAACAAAAGGUAACUCACGGGCAGUAAUCCAGGAAUUAAAAGGACAAUUGAAAGCACUAAGGGAGCAAGAAGAGUGGGACAAGGGGACUGCGGCGAACCUGAAGCUACAAUUGAGCAAGGCCUACAAGGAUGAAGAGCUUUAUUGGAGUCAAAAAUCAAGAAGUAGAUGGCUCAAAGAGGGGGACAAAAAUACAGCCUACUUUCACUUAAGUGUCAUGGCAAAAAGGAAAAGGAACAGAAUCAAUAUGCUGCAAAAGGCGAAUGGAGAGUGGUGUAGAGGCGAACAAGAAGUGGAAGAGGAACUGAGCAAACACUAUCAGGAACUUUUCACCUCCACGGAACCUUCUGAGUUUGAUGAAGUGCUACAGGGAAUACCUCGCACUAUUUCCCAUCUUAUGAACACAAAGUUGAUUAAACCAGUGGACGAGAAGGAGAUACAACACGCUACUUUCUCUAUGUUCCCUAACACAGCCCCUGGAGUUGAUGCUAAUAGGCUGAAAUCUGUCCUUCACCCCUGUAUUACCCCCUCACAGUCAGCCUUUGUCCCAGGGAGACAGAUCUUAGACAAUGUCAUGAUUGCCCAUGAAAUUUUACAUUUCUUGAAAAACAAAAGAUCUGGAAAAGUUGGUUUCAUGUCCAUUAAGCUAGAUAUGUCCAAGGCUUAUGAUAGGGUGGAGUGGAAAUAUUUGGGGAGAAUUAUGAUACACAUGGGUUUUUGUCCUAUUUUUGUCCAAUGGAUCAUGGCUUGUAUUUCCUCUGUUUCAUAUUCCUUUAACUUGAAUGGUAGGAAGGUUGGAUAUAUUAAGCCUUCUAGAGGCAUUCGGCAAGGAGACCCCUUAUCUCCAUACCUGUUCAUCUUGUGCACUGAAGGAUUUUCCAAUUUAAUCAAUAAAGCUGUGGAUCGAAAGGAACUCACUGGAAUCAAAGUCAGUAAAGACAGCCCCAUGGUGUCACAUUUGUUUUUUGCAGACGACUCCUUGUUGUGUUGCAAAGCAAGUAAGAAGGAAGUUCUGAAGAUUAAGGAAGUCAUCAACCACUAUGGCCAAGCAUCUGGACAGGUUGUGAACUUUGAAAAAUCUGCCAUGUUUUUCUCUAAAAACACUCCCAACAGGAUUAGGAAGGAGGUGUGUAAGGUGUUGGAUAAUAUGAGGGAGGCCCAAAGUGGUAAGUAUCUAGGUCUACCUAUGACUAUAGGAAGAGAUAAGAACCAGGUGUUUGGGUACCUGAAAGACAAGAUAAAUAGCAAGUUGCAAGGGUAG